AUGGUCCGUCGUACUGCUUCCCAAGCUGCCCCAUCCCGACCCACCAGUCCUCAGGGAGACGACUAUGACGAGGGACCCUACUUCGACAGCGUCGACGAGCUGCAGCAACAUGGCAUCAAUAUGCAAGACAUUCUGAAAUUGAAGGCGGCCGCCAUCAAUACGGUAUCCGGUGUAAACAUGACAACGAGGAGGCAAAUGCUAAAGAUAAAAGGAAUGUCCGAGGCUAAAGUCGAGAAGAUCAAGGAAGCCGCGCAUAAGGUCCUAGGCUCCUCGUUCGCCACUGGCCUUGAGAUUCAGGAAAAGCGAAAGCGAGUGCUGAUGGUCAGUACCGGCAGCAAAUCUGUAGAUACUAUCUUGGGCGGUGGCAUCAUGUCUCAAUCUAUCACAGAAGUCUACGGCGAGUACCGCACAGGGAAGACUCAGCUUGCGCAUACCAUGAGUGUUGUGACCCAGCUACCUCCCGACAUGGGUGGCGCUGCAGGAAAGGUGGCAUACAUCGAUACAGAAGGUACCUUUAGGCCCGAUCGUAUCAGAUCGAUUGCACAGCGGUUCGGGGUGAAUGGCGAUAUGGCGCUGGAGAAUAUAUUAUACGCGCGGGCGUUCAACAGUGAGCACCAGAUGGAAUUGAUCAACGAGUGCUCCAUCCGCUUCGCAGAGGACAAGGACUUCCGGCUUUUGAUUGUGGAUAGCAUCAUGGCGUGCUUUCGUACCGACUAUUCCGGAAGAGGAGAAUUGAGUGAGAGACAGCAGAAACUUGCCCAAAUGCUCUCCAAACUCAGCAAGUUGUCGGAAGAGUAUAAUAUCGCAAUCCUUCUGACUAACCAGGUGCAAUCCGAUCCUGGAGCCGUGAUGACAUUUGUGGCUGGAGGUGCCCUGAAGCCUAUCGGCGGGCACAUUCUUUCCCAUGCAUCCGCAACAAGGAUGUUCCUGCGCAAAGGUCGCGCUGAGGAGCGCGUUGCAAAACUGGUCGAUAGUCCAGAUAGACCGGAAAGUGAAGCAUCUUACAAGCUCGACGAAGGCGGCUGGGCGGACGUCUGA